AUGGAGGAGGAGCUCCAGGAGGUGCGAGACAAUUUCUAUGUAGGCAACUUCAACAAGGCGAUGCAGCUGUGCGAGUCUGUGCAGGGCUCCAGCGAGCUGACGCAGAGCGAGCUUGGUGCUACCCUGGCUCGCUGUUGCCUAGCCAUCCCUCAGAUUGAGAGACUGAAGGCCAUGCAAAACUCCGAGAUCCCAGGCCAACGUGCUGCCGCCCUUCUGGCUGUCAUCACCAAGUCCAGGAACGAAGCUCAGGUGGCAUCAGCUAAGGAGAGACUAGCAGGCCUGGCGAAGGAGACGCAGGACAUGAGCUGUGCUAUGCUCAAUGCCAUGGUCCUAGCAAUGGACGGCAACUGGAAUGAAGCAGCGCAGAUGACCAAGGCUCAUCCGGUUCUGGAAAUGCAGGUGCUGACAAUCCUCUUGGCCCUCAGUUGCAACCAGGUAGCCAUGGCAGAGAAGCUGCUCAAGGAGGCAUCUGGGAACAACGAUGACUCAGCUGCCUUCAGGUUGGCAGCCGCGGCCGUAAAAUUGGCCACAGGCGACCCUGAGGAAGCGUACCUGACCUAUUGCGAUCUCUGCUCUCAGUUCCCAGCUGUAGAGGGCGACGACUCUGGAUCUGGGUCGGUUCUGCUCCAGACUGGCAAGGCCUUGGCCAACAUGCAGCGCGGCAUGUUCUCCGAGGCAGUAGAGGACCUGCAGAGAGCGCUGACGGCAUCACCAAACGAUCCAGAUGUGUUGGUGAACAUGUGCUGCUGCAUGACCCACUUGGGGAAAAAGGAUGAAUUCCAGCAGUACUUUGCCAAGCUGGAGCAGGCAGCUCCAAACAACGGCUAUGUGCUGAAGACGCAGGCCCCGAGCUGA